AUGGUCCUCUAUCACACAAGCGGGCGAGUCGUGCUGGCUCACGAAAUAUACCUCGAGGAGCAGGCACAAAUAGAGGCGGGUGACGGUAAAGGACGAUACACGGAUCCAAUUGAUCGCCUGAAAAUAUUAGAUACCGAAGUAACGAAUCCACGCGAGCGAGUCUUCAUUGUCGUUGAUACGCAGCAAUUUCAGACACUGUAUUCAUAUCGCGAUCCCACGGCUUCCAAAGAGAUCUUGUCGCAGUUUUCGAAUGAAACGUCCAAAAGAUUCCCACCAGAAGGUAUUGAUAAGGCAACAUUCAUGAGUUGUUCUACUUUGGCGGAUGACGUCUUUCGCUGCGAGCCGACCGUUCGCACGGUAACCGUACCUGCUACGUAUCCUCGGCAAUAUACAUACUACCAUUCGUGGAAUUAUUUCAAUUCAUGCAAGGAAUACAAGCCUUUACUAGUAAAAGGGAAGAAAUAUAUCAAAGGGCUUGAUCAUCAGAUGGCUUACAUUCGACGGGACGAAAUAGAGGCCCACCUCAUACCUUGGUUCAAUAGAAUGGAAGAGAUAGUGCGAAACAAGGAGCAGCCAGAAAACCUGAGAAAGCCAAUCAGACAGAGCGACCUACCCAUAAUCGAACCAUCUACGGAGCUGUUAGUAAACAUUCAUUUGUACAAUGCCAUGCUGCAGUUUGGGCUACCCAGAUUCGUCCAGCGAGACGUCAUCGAUGCCCUGGUAUUCCAGAUGUACCAGACUAAACUUAACGCCUGCCAUCUGGAAACCUUGGAAAUUACUGUUGGUCGCUUCUACGGCCGAGGGGUUGCCGUACUGGAUCCUGUUAUCAACCAUUUCAUUGGGACGUAUGCCUCCCGGAGCGCAGCUGACCGCAAAAAUCCAAACGGCCUCCCAGCGAGUUUAUCCGAAACCGAGAAUCCUGUCCAGGAGCCACAAAACCAGAACGGAAAGCGGAAGUUCCUCGAGUACUCCACCGAGAGUGGUAUUCGAAAGCAAUACCCAGAAGACACAGUAAUCGUUCCACCUGAACUCCCAGUGCUCGGGCACUGCAUCAAGCACUGGUCGGGCGUUCGAGGAAAUGGCUCGACUGUUGCUGCGCACACUGGGUACCCAUUGAAUGUAGGAGUCUACAAGAAGUUCUUCAGAAGAAACGCAACUACUGCACUUGGGAAUAAGGUCUACAACACAGGCUUUGGAGAUGAUUACGAAGAGUAUAGCACUUAUCGCUUGAAUCGAGGCAACUAUGAUGAGAGGGCAAGGAGGCAUCACGCAAAGCACCCUGCUGGAGUUUCACCAUCACCAUCACCGCCGGACGCUCCGGUGAUCGAGUUAGAUGACAUAUGA